AACUGUACUCCAGUGUUUCAGGCAAUUGAAAGCUCUUUGUUGUUUGCAGUGCAUCUUAAAACUGUCAAAGAGUGCAACCGGGAAUGACAUUUUUCUCCUGUGUUUGUCAGAAGCCUGAUUUUGAGAGAAAUGGCACACAACUUACGCAAGUGCAUGGUGACAGAUCCAGGGUAUCCUUUGGGAGUAUCAAAUCAAUCAUGAGAUUGUGAGAGGAAUUCAGUUGAGCACUGAAUUAGCUUCCAAUGGAAUGCAUUCAUGUGUAACAUCCCACUGUCUAAAUGACACCAAAAUGGCUCCUAGUCCUUGAAAGACUUUACCACGAUUAGCUGGAGGAAUUGGAUGUUUGUGUCAAUCACUGUCCAGCACCGGCGCUUUCCAUAGUUCUGUAGGUGAGAGACGCUGGCUUUCCGAUGAGGGAGACAACAGUAGCAGCAGCUGUCGGGAUUUUUUGUGGUGAUUAAAUACUUCUUGUGUCUUUUCCGUUGCUGUAAUCCUUGUACCAGAGAAAGAAGCUGCUUGAGAAUAAUGGUGAAUAGAGCAGUGAAUCAUUCCAGCUGGCUGCAUCUUAAAGAGGACUCUGUAUAGAAUGAGAUUGGGCUCCCUUGUUCAGUCACUAGAGCAGCAGCAUUUUAAGGAGUUUCUCCUAGAAAUUAUUCCAGAAAGAGAGGCGCUUCUUCUUUGCUCAGUUGUAGUCACAUUUCUGCACGAGCUGAUCCCUGGAGCCAGCAUUACACUUCAGCCAUUAACACCAGACAGAAGGAUAUCUAUAUCAUCAUAUGGAAGGAAACGUAAAUGGAUGGAGACACAUAUGGAUCACAUUAGUUUACUGUAAGGCUACGUCUUAGUUGGUGCUUAUCUUGGCAAGAGCCGAGUUCAAAUCAGCAUGAAGUUUUAACAUCUACUCUCGUGUAAUGGAAAUCAUGUGUUGUACUUGCACAUUGUCAAUGGAAACAGCUUAGAAAACAGUUGACUGCCUUAAGACAUUGGGAUUUGCUGAGCAGAGAUUCUACUUCAUACUGCCGAAAGGACAUUCCUAUAUGUACUGCAAUGGUUACAUGAAAUUAUGUUGAAUACUGGAAACUCCAUGCAUUCAUCUUAACAUGGUAUAUUAAGAAAAGAGCAUAAGGAAAAUAAAUUAAGUAGAAAGAAAAGGCACCACCGUUCAAAAUGAAUUUUGCCAUAAAACUUCGCAGAAAUUUGCGAAGGCUGGUGAUCCUGCUCGCCACCUUCUGCAUGGUAAGCAUUCUCAUAUCUGCCUACUACUUGUACAAUGGCUACAAUCAGGAGAUUGAACUCUCAGAGGGCACCCCAGAAAUGGAAUGUGGAGACCUCAAACUUCUUCCUUACCGAUUAAUGGAAAUGAAAACUGCAAAGCCCAUAGACACCUCCAGGACUGAUCCAAUCGUCCUGGUUUUUGUGGAAAGUCAAUACUCACAACUCGGGCAAGACAUCAUAGCAAUCCUGGAGUCCAGUCAGUUUCAGUAUCAUUCAGAAAUUGCUCCAGGCAAAGGUGAUGUCCCACCUCUCACAAAUAAAGGAAGAGGGAGGUAUGCACUCAUCAUCUACGAAAAUAUGUUGAAAUACGUGAAUAUGGAUUCCUGGAAUAGGGACCUCCUAGAUAAAUACUGUGUGGAGUACAGUGUUGGAAUCAUUGGUUUUCACAAAGCAAAUGAGAACAGUUUACCAAGUGUUAAGUUGAAGAGUUUUCCUUUGUACCUUCAUACCAAUGUAGGCCUGAAGGAUUGUUGUGUUAAUCCUCGUUCUCCAUUGCUCUACAUCACCAAAGCUUCGGAAGCUGACAAAGGACCAUUACCUGGAGAGGACUGGACUGUGUUUCAGUCCAACCAUUCCACAUAUGAACCAGUGUUGCUAGCUAAGUCGAGAACUUCAGAAAAUAUUCCGCCAGCCAUCUCUGGACAUGCUCUGCACACAACUGUAAUACAGGACCUGGGCCUUCACGACGGCAUUCAACGCGUCCUGUUUGGCCACAACCUUAAUUAUUGGCUGCACAAGCUUAUCUUUGUGGAUGCCAUCUCUUUCCUUUCAGGGAAGAAACUGUCCUUGUCUUUGGAAAGAUAUGUUCUUGUGGACAUUGAUGAUAUCUUUGUGGGGAAGGAAGGAACCAGGAUGAAUGUCAAUGAUGUAAAGGCCCUUCUUGAUACACAGAAUCUACUGAGAAGUCAUAUUACAAAUUUCACGUUCAACCUUGGAUUUUCAGGGAGGUUCUACCACACAGGUACAGAGGAUGAGGAUGAGGGGGACGACUUGUUGAUGAAGUAUGUGGAUGAGUUCUGGUGGUUUCCUCACAUGUGGAGUCACAUGCAGCCCCAUCUUUUCCAUAAUGAGUCAUCCCUGGCUGAGCAGAUGAUUCUCAACAAGGAGUUUGCACUGGAGCAUGGUAUCCCCACGGACAUGGGCUAUGCAGUGGCUCCCCACCACUCCGGUGUUUACCCCAUACAUGUACAGCUGUACGAGGCUUGGAAGAAGGUCUGGGGUAUCAAAGUGACGAGCACUGAGGAGUAUCCACACCUGAAACCAGCAAGAUACAGGAGAGGAUUCAUUCACAACAACAUAAUGGUACUUCCCCGUCAGACCUGUGGCUUGUUUACCCACACUAUAUUCUACAAGGAGUACCCUGGGGGCCCGAAAGAGCUGGACAAAAGCAUCAAGGGAGGGGAGCUCUUUCUUACAGUUCUGCUCAAUCCGAUCAGCAUCUUUAUGACACAUUUAUCCAACUAUGGGAAUGACCGACUGGGACUGUACACUUUUUCAAACCUGGCCAACUUUGUUCAAUGCUGGACUAACCUCAGACUGCAGACACUACCACCGUUUCAGCUGGCUCGCAAGUACUUUCAGCUCUUCCCUGAGCAACAUGAUCCUAUUUGGCAGAAUCCAUGCGAUGACAAGCGACACAAGGAUAUCUGGUCGAAAGAGAAAACCUGUGAUCGUUUGCCCAAAUUCCUGGUUGUAGGACCACAGAAGACUGGUACCACUGCUCUGUACCUGUUCCUUGUAAUGCACCCUUCUAUUACCAGCAAUUUUCCCAGUCUGAGGACCUUUGAGGAGGUGCAGUUUUUCAAUGGGAACAACUACCAUAAAGGGAUAGACUGGUACAUGGACUUCUUCCCAGUUCCCUCUAAUGUGACCUCUGACUUUCUGUUUGAGAAAAGUGCAAAUUACUUCCCUUCUGAAGAUGCUCCAAAGCGUGCUGCUGCCCUAGUACCAAAAUCAAAGAUAAUUACCUUAAUCAUCAAUCCUUCUGACCGGGCUUACUCUUGGUACCAGCACCAGAGGGCCCAUGAAGAUCAUGCUGCUCUGAAGUACAGUUUCUAUGAGGUGAUUUCUGCAGGACACCAUGCCCCAGCAGAGCUCAGAUCUCUUCAGAAUAAAUGUCUGGUGCCAGGCUGGUAUGCUAUCCAUAUUGAACACUGGCUCACUUACUACCCUCCUUCUCAGUUGCUAAUCAUUGAUGGGCAGCAGCUGAGGAGCGACCCCGCUGCUAUAAUGGAUGAAGUCCAGAAGUUUCUAGGAGUGUCCCCAUAUUACAACUACUCUCAGGCACUAUCAUUUGAUCCCCAGAAAGGAUUCUGGUGUCAGUUACUUGAAGGUGGGAAGACUAAAUGUCUGGGAAAAAGCAAAGGCAGGAAAUAUCCCCCUAUGGACUUAGAGUCUCGAACAUUCUUGUCAAGAUACUACAAAGACCACAAUGUUGAACUUUCCAAGUUGUUGCACAGACUAGGCCAACCACUGCCUUCUUGGCUAAGAGAGGAGCUUCAGAAAGUGAGAUAACAAUGAAGAGGAGGUUCAAGAAAGGACUUGAUACACCUUCAAACUCAUAAACCCUCAAGUGACUGCCCAGUAAAAUAUAAAUGGGCUUUAUACUUACCUCUUCUGGAAAUAAAGGGUUUUCCAUGUGCUGGCAUAUGGUAUUAUGAGUACAAGACCUUGUAAAAAACAGAAGUGUUUGGUUGUGGAUAUUAGAAAAGGUGGAACAAUAUUCAAAAUCCAGUUCAGGACCUGCAGGAUGGGUGAAGGUUGUUUGUUGUGUGAGCAUGAAUCUGUGACUGCAGUGACUUUUUUUUUUUAAUUUAUGAUUCCAGUGCAGUGCUGGUCAGCUGUCUUGAUAUCUGUGGUGAAUAUUUGCACUAAGUUACGUACCAUGCUUCACUCACUGAUUGUUUUGUCAUAUAUGUAUAGAGAGAGAAAUAGAUACACAACAGUGCUUGGCACAGUUACUGCUGGGCAUGCUAAGAGUACAGUAAUUAAUGUGUUGCUAAACCUCUGUGACAGAGGACUCAUUUAAAGUAAAUAAUGUUCAGAAGAAAAAGGUGUGUGAUCACAUUGUUUCAGAUAACAGCAUUUAAAUCCAACAGCUUUUUAUGGUUACAUCCACUUCUCCAGCUCACACCACACUGAACAUCCAUUUGUCCAUUCGUAUUUGUGUGAUGGGAAUUUUUAGUUUCUUAAAAAUAAAGCUUUGUAUUAUAACUUUUUUUUUUUUUUUAUCUAUAACCAAGGUGUUUAAAACCCAGUGGAACUUAUUUGAAGAGAUAUUUUAUGUUACCAUGUUUUCAGGUUUCACAAAAUGUUUCCCCACUUUAUGCACACCAAUAAAUGCUGUUUCAUGCUAAAUGGCCUUAUUUGAAAUGGA